AUGAAGAUCUAUGUCGAUGACGACAACAAUGGACAGACAAUUUACAUAGCCAUUGAAAGUGAGCAUCGUGUCAGAAAGUGGGUUCAAGGGGCAUCACAGGGCACACAGGGUGUGCAAGUAGGAGGUGAAUGUUUCUACUGUACAGGUGUAUGGGUUGACAAAGAGAAAAAUGUCUACCUGUCAUCGGCCGGUAAACAUUGUGUAUUCAAAUGGUCACCUCAAACGAAUAUCACGAAGGUUGUCGCUGGCCGAGAAUACUACUCAGGGUCGACGAGCGACAAUCUCAAUUCUCCUGAAGAUAUUUAUGUUGAUGGCACCAAUGGUGCAGUGUACGUGGCUGAUUAUGCCAAUAAUCGCAUUCAAAAAUGGUUAGUAAAUGCGUCUAAUGGAACUACUGUAGCUGGACUCAGCAAUGGAAAUGAAGGCAGUGAUACUGAAUCGUUGUCGAGACCGACUGCUAUAUGGGUCGAUGAAGAAACUCAUGUUGUUUAUGUGGCUGAUUCAUCCAAUGAACGAAUUCAGCGUUGGUUAUAUAACGCAUCUAUGGGCGAUACUAUUGCUGGCGGAUCAGGUAUCGGCGAUACAUCUAAUCGAUUCGAUCAGCCAGUCGAUUUAGCAUUUGAUAAUAAUGGGAAUCUCUAUGUGUGUGAUCGCUUGAAUGAUCGUGUUCUCAUGUUUACAUUAACCCAUAAUCAGCCAUGUUUUCCAACAUCAACAGGCAGUUUAAGUUCUUUAUCUUUGGUCGUUCCUAUUGCAACAAUAUUCGCACUUUUAUUUCGCAUUUAA